AUGCAACCUAAAACUUUCGUUCACCAGCUCCAUUCAAUUCUUUUAGAACCGGAAGUGAACAAAUGGAUAUACUGGUCUUCGACGGAUAACGUGGUUUUCUUUCUCAAACCAUACGACCCUAAUUUUAGUACGCAAGUUUUGAAACGCUAUUUCAAACAUGGAAAUGUCAAUAGUUUCGUUCGUCAAUUGCACAUGUACGGGUUCCAUAAACUAUCACAUCCUUCCCCUGAACAAGCUUCCGCCAGCAAUGGCAACGCUAAGGAACUUGUUGAAUGGAAAUUUACUCACCCUUCUGGGUUCUUCUUCAAGGAGGCCAACGCCGGCAUCUUGAACAAGAUUCAAAGGAAGAGUACUGGUGUAGGAAAAGAUGGCAAGAGAAAAAAUAUUCUGUCUCCAAUAUCUGUCAGUUAUGUUGAUGCUUCAAGAUUAAAUGUACUCUCCCAGCAAUCCGUGGCCGCAACCUCAAGAGACCCCCGGAACGUGUUCGUGGGCAAUACCCCUCUUAAUCACUCAUUAUCGCAGAGCCCACAGCAUAUCAAUUUACAGCAGCCACAGCCACAGAAUAGCGGGCCCUAUCUCAUAUCUUCGCUACCUCCCCAGCAACCCACGGUCAAUAUAAUGCGAAGGCAAAGUAUCUCCGCAAGAAUGAUGAACUCUUACGAUUAUCCUAAUCAAUUUUCCGUCCAAGAUGGUAUAGUACAACCACAGCAGCCCCAGCAAGUGAUUUCUUCGCAAGCAUUAUCUGGCCCACCUAUGAAGAAAUCGCGAACACUAUCGUCAGCAGAUGAUCUAAAGGCAGCGUCUUUGCCCAUCGUCAAUUACCCAAUGCCAUAUCACCCGGGAUCUUUCACACAACAGCAGCUUCCUACUAUCCCGCCAUAUUCGUCCUAUUCUACCCCAUUCCCUUCGAUAAUGAACUCUCUUUCUAAUUCUGCUUCUAAUUCACCCUCUUCGGGAGUUUGUAACAAUAAUGUAACACUACCCCAAAAAAAUGAUGUAAGUGAAAGGCAAGCAAUGGAUGCCCAUAUACAAACGCUGAAGAACUCUCUUUCUACAAUCACCGAUCUGGUAGAAAAACAUAUUAUUGGCCCACAUCAAGAUAACGGCAAAACUCAGACAAGUGAUGCCUUGAAGAAAGAUCUUCGAACGAGCUUGUCCCUUCUACAGAAUUCUAAAGAGGAGGUAUCACAACUAGAAAAUAAAUGGAUAUCCAUACAAUCCUUGAAAACAACUCCUUUACCCUUGCAAGAAACUACAAAUACAUCCUCAGUCCUAACUCCUAUGACCUCCAGCAUCACUCCUAAAAGUAUGCCCAUUAUCACCAGAGGUGAAAUCGUGAACAAACCAACAUCUUUCUGA